AUGUACGCAAGUAAACGACGGCAACGGAAUUUCAAGAGAGUUCGAGAACCACCGAAACCGUCGACGUCAACAAAUCCGUCGAAACGUCAUCGAGAACGGUUAAAUGGUGAAUUGGAGACGGUUGCCGCUUUGUUACCGUACGAUGCGGCCACAAUCAGCCGUUUGGAUAAGCUGAGCGUGUUGCGGUUGGCCGUCAGUUUUCUACAAGUGAAGGCGCAUUUCCAUGCUUGCCUAAACUCUUCACCAUUCAUCUGUCAAUUUCCUUUGGCCACACAUACGUAUCCGUACUGUCCGCAGCCGUCGCAGUAUUUCGCAGUACCUACCGUAUACCAUACUCGGGCCUCUCAGGCACUUAUCGAUCCGAAUGAAGCGGAUUUUGAGACGAUCGCCUUGAAGUCUCUGGGUGGGUUCCUGUUGAUAAUCAACGACAAUGGAGAGAUCUACUACGCAUCGGAGAACAUAGAGCAAUUCCUAGGAUUUCAUCAGUCGGAUGUCCUUCAUCAACCGCUUUACGAUCUCAUUCAUUCGGAAGAUCGUGAUGACAUCAGACAACAGCUGAAUCUUUCCUACUCGCUACCUCCUGGAAGCACGAAUCCACAAGAUCUUUACGAUCAAGAUAAUGCCCAGCACCUUGAGCGGAAUGUGAACGCAAGAUUUCGCUGUUUGCUCGACAACACCUGUGGAUUUCUGCGGAUAGACAUGCGUGGGAAACUCCUAUCGCUGCACGGCCUCCCUUCCUCGUACGUCCUUGGAAGAAGUAAUCCGGGUCCAGUUUUGGGGCUUAUCACUGUGUGCACACCUUUUGUACCUCCUUCCACUACGGACGUCCUAGCUGAGGAUCAAAUUCUAAAGACUAAACAUCAACUGGACGGGACGUUGGUUUCCAUGGAUGACAAAGUUCACGCCAUGCUGGAAUUGAGCGAAAACGAGUUGCCGAUAUCUUUUUACAGUUUGGUGAAUGUUGAAGAUGCAGUAUGUUUAGCUGAGGCUCACAAAGAAGAGAGGUUGGAGGGAAUCGGGCGAAACCAUGCUCAUACUCAACAUCUACACACUAAACUCCAUAUUUUUUCCCAUUUUCUACUGAGUUUUCCCGCAGUUCCGCAACGGAUGCAUCUGGUUAGCGUCUUGAUCCUUCCUGACAAGACAGUUAUCAAGAACGGCUCUUCUGGAUUGUUGAUCUACCGCUUGGUUAGCACAAAAACCAAUCGAACCUAUUUUGUGCAAAGCAGUUGUCGGAUGUUCUACAAAAAUGGGAAACCGGAAUCGAUCGGGCUAACACAUCGACUCCUUAACGAAGUCGAAGGCACAAUGUUGUUAGAGAAGAGAUCAUCGCUAAAAGCUAAAUUGCUAUCCUUCGACGACUCCUUUUUGCAAUCUCCUCGAAAUCUUCAAUCAACGGCAGCACUUCCCCUUCCAAGCGCCAGAGACGAUACAGAUGGAGAGAGUCCUUUCGCCACUCCUUUACCUGUUGGCGCUGGAAGAUGUGGUAAAAAGAACGAUUUUCCAUUGUUUCCUCCCACUUUCGUCUCGAAAAUGGACAAUUGGCCACUUUUACAACCGCCAUUGCAAGAAUUUGGUCUGCCACUACCGCCUCCAAUUCCUGGUGAUUUACCUCAUUGGGCACCCGAUCCUUGGACCGGAGAACUUUAUCCGCAUUAUCAAGCUCCACUCAGUUAUCCACCAUCUAUUCAACCGAUCCCUCGCCAAUCCUACCACGACCUGGCUGCCACCGAUUGUCAACAUUGGAAUCCAACUAACCACUCUGCCGUUGGUCACAACGUUCACUUGACGACAAUGGAGGAUACCACACAGUUGCUUGUUAAAGAUCUUGCACAUGGUUAUCCUUUGGCUGUUGACUACAACAAGAUUCCAAUAGACUAUCCAAUCCCUCCUCCAUUACCUCCACAAGCCAACGGUUUCCAUCUGAUCUCGGAAGUCACCAACACUUUGUUAGGCCAAUAA